AUGUUCAAUGCCAAACGUAUCGCCUUUCAAUUCAUUGCUCCAGAACAACAAGAAGGUGUUGGAGCCACUGUACGACGCUCCUUGGGCUCCCAAUAUCUUCGUCAUCUCGACCCUUUUCUCAUGUUGGACGAGUUUAGCGUUGGCUUACCCGGAGGUUUUCCUGACCAUCCCCAUCGAGGAUUCGAGACUGUGACGUACAUGUUGCCAACAUCUAAAGGUUGUAUGCACCAUGAGGACUUUUUAGGCAACAAGGGGGAGCUCCGACCGGGAGAUUUGCAGUGGAUGACACCGGGAAAAGGCAUUUUACAUGCUGAAAUGCCUGUAAAUGAGGAAAAAGCUCAUGGUUUACAGCUGUGGAUUAAUUUACCAAAGGCAAAGAAAAUCAUGGAGCCACGAUACCAGGAGAUCAGUCGAGAUUCAGUACCCCACGUGUGGGAUGACACUAAGAAGGUCAAAGCCAUUGUAUUUGCUGGAGAGGUCUUUGGACAGAAAGGGCCAAUUGAGACGGAAGUACCUGUGACGUACAUUCAUUUCGUCAUGAAACAAGGGGCAAAGCUGGAAUACAAGGUCCCGGAUGGUCAUAAUGUCUUCGUGUACACACUCACCGGUACUGGAAAGUGUGCAGGUGACAACAUUGAGGCACAUCAUGCUAUCGUCCUGGAGCACGAAGGAAAUGGUGUGCAUGUGACGACGGAUGAUCAAGAUGGUCUGGAGUUUAUUGUUAUCAGUGGUCAACCUCUGAAUGAGCCGGUAGUGCAGCACGGCCCUUUUGUCAUGAAUUCGGAGGCUGAGAUCCAGCAGACUAUUCGCGACUACCAAAGCGGAAGGAACGGCUUUGAAAAUGCGCCAAAGUGGACAUCGGAGAUCGGCAGUCGCCGCUAA